AUGGAACCAGACGUGACUGUCAAUGGGACUUACACUGUUAAUGGCAUACAUCCCUGCUAUGAAUCUGCUAAUACAAGUUAUGUAUUUACAAGCAACCCUUCCAUAGUAUGUGUAUUAGUAUAUAUUUUCCUUGGUAUACUAUCUGUCGCCACAAUAUGUGGAAACCUUCUUGUCAUAAUCUCCAUCAUUUACUUCAAAGAGCUCCAUACUCCUACAAACUACCUUAUUCUGUCUCUGGGUGUGGCUGACCUGCUUGUAGGAGUUUUAGUUUUUCCUUUUAGCAUGGCAUUCACUGUAAGCUCAUGUAUGUAUCAUGAACAUGUAUUAUGUAAAAUACGAGACAGCUUUGAUGUAUCACUGUGUACAUCUUCUAUUCUAAACUUGUGUUGUAUUUCUAUUGACAGAUAUUAUGCUGUGUGUCAGCCUCUUACCUAUAGAACUAAAAUAAAUGUUCACGUAACUGUGGUUAUGAUCCUUGUGACUUGGGGGGUUUCUGUUCUAAUUGGAAUUGGCAUCAUAAUUGCAGGAUUCAGCCAAGGAGCAUGUGAAGGGAUGUGCUCGGUUGAUGUUGUAAUGGCAAACACUAUUGGACCUGUUCUCUCAUUUUACCUCCCAGCGAUCAUAAUGCUCUGUAUCUACCUGAAGAUUUUCCUUGUUGCUAAGAAACAGGUGAACAGCAUCCAGAACACAACGUGUCAGAGCACAAAGUCUGGAGCAACUGUCAGUAAGAUGGAGAGAAAGGCUACCAAAACUCUGGCUAUAGUAAUGGGAGUUUUUCUUUUAUGUUUGACUCCUUAUUUUCUUUGUAUUGUCUUUCAGCCUUUAUCUUAUAAUCCUCCACCAGUUGCUGUGAUUGAAACCCUCAACUGGCUUACACUAUCAAAUUCAACGCUCAAUCCCUUUAUUUAUGCUUUCUUUUACAGCUGGUUCAGAUCAGCUUUCAAAAUGAUAAUUUCAGGAAAAAUAUUUCAAGGUGAUUUUGCAAACUCAAAAUUGUUUUGA